AUGAAGCAGGAUGGAGAUACCAAGGAUGUUACUCGUAUGGGUUUCCAUUUCCUUUUCCGCUCCAUUCCAACGCAGUCCCACGCGACGGAAUUGUGUCAAGUAGUCGAUGGUACAGGAAAACUAAUGCAUAAAUCCAGCGACAAACAAUACACCGGCAGCCCCGGUAUAAACGAACCCGCCGUCCGCGGUGUCUCAUCCUGGCCACGCACGCUAAACGGCCUGUUCUUCCGGAAUUCCACAAACACCGGGCGGGCGUGCCGGAACUUUUGCGCAAGCAAUCAGUUCACGGUCGCUGCUACGAAUAACGAUCAGUGCUGGUGUGACAAUGCAAUUGCCAAAAACGGCACUAGCAUCAUUGCACCCUCGUACGGCAUCCGCGACCUCGACGACAGGAAUUGUCAGCAACCGUGUCCGGGCAAUGCGACAGAGGCGUGUGGGAAUAAUACGGCAAAUGCGAAUUUGCAGCGUUUAACGCUUUAUCAAUUGGUCACCUUGUCUACUCAAAUUGCGCCAAACAACUCAAAAAGGCAAUAG